UAAGCGCAAAUGUCUACGGCGGGUGCAAAACGCAAGCGGUCUAUCACUAAGAUUCAUGCUCCUUCGCCGUCUCCUUCAACCUCAACGCCAAAAGUAUCAGACGUACGAAGCCCAUCUGUCGCACCAGGCCUGAGCAAAGUAAGCAGAGACGUGGAUCAGUCAACUGCUACUAUUCUGAGACGAAUUGGUAAUGGCGACCUUCCAGUAACACCGGAACCGCAGACGACGGGAGACUUGCCCGGCUACCUGAACUAUGUCGAGAGCCGUGUAUUCUCGGCAGCGCUCAACCAGUCUCGACUUCAGUGGACUACUGGAGGAGUCGUGCAGAAGUUUUGGACGAAGCCGACCAGAAGUCGCAAAUCACAAGCCGAUGUCAUCCAUACACCGAAACACAAUAUGUCCAAGCUUGGCGAAUGCACUUUGACGAUUGGCCCCCACUCUUUUCCGGAAACGAAGAUCUACAGUAUCCGAUAUUUACCUGAACAUCAGCAUCCUACGCAUUCUCCAUCACCGCUGGCUACUGCAUCAGGCUUGCCCCCUCAAUACCAUUAUCAGACUGGUCCUGGAUAUCCUCCACAAACGCAGUUGCAGGGACAGUAUCAACAACCUCAGAUGCCGGGCCAAACCGCUGCCGCUCCCGCUACGGCACCUCCGGUAACUCCAGGACCGCCUCAUUCCACUGCUCCGGCGCAGAUCGUCAAACAGGAGCCACUAUCAACGCCGGCAGCUGCUGGGAGACCAACUGUUGCGAGUUUGCCGCAAACGCCUCUACAACAGUCCGCGGCGCCGACUGCGACACCAACACCUGCCCCUGAUCAACCUCCACCGGCACCUGUCGCUCCACAGCCACCUCAAGCAAUUGCACCAGCCCCGACGGCUGCCCCCACAGCGCUACCACCGAUGAACAAUGAUAUUAUCAUGGGAUUACGUGCUGCGGCCGCUAAAGAUCCAGCUCUCCAAAAGUUGCUGACGGUAGUAGCUGGAGGUAACGCGAGUCCAGCAGAGAUCAGCCAGUUGACUACGUUCAUCCAUACCCUUCCGCAGGCACAGGAGGCAAUUCGACAAGCUGCUGAAGCUGCUCGUUUACAAGCAGAGGCUCAAGCAAGGGCUCAGGCCGAAGCGCAGGCGAGAGCACAGGCACUGCUGAUACAGCAGCAACAAGCUGCGCAGAAGGCCAUGCCUAAAUAUCUGCAAAGUCAGGAUGUGGUCUUUGAAUUCAAGGAUAAUCCCAACGAUCGCUGGCUCUUCCCAAGGAUGUCCAUUGUCGAGGCGCCUGACGAUAACGAACCGCUGGAAGUAAUAGCUUCCUUCAUGAUGACGAUUCCCACGAAAGAUCCACAAAAGCCGAUGGCGUGGCAGCCGGUGACUAUGGUCAUGGAGGGAUGCACGAAAAAGAUUCGAGAUACUGUUGUUGCUGUAGUGGAAAAUCCGAACUUAGUACGGGAGAAGAUGAGCGAAGCUAUGGCGAAUAUGCCGCGAGCUGAUCCGACGUUUUUGCAAUUCCGUUUACCUAAGGGAACAAGAGGGCAUCGACUUGAGGCAGCAGCAGAGCCCGUGCCGACAAAGCCUUCUAUACCACGGCAGGCUUCAUCUACAACUGCUCAAGCGCACACGCCAGUUCACGAGCGACUAUCGUCAAAACCAAAAUCAGCACCGAAGCGUCGGGUACAGCAAAACAGCAGAGGAAAGACAUGCGAAAACUGCGGAACUGCGGAUACACCUAUGUUCCGUCGUGGACCCAGCGGGCCCAACACGCUGUGUAAUGCAUGUGGUGUUCGGUGGAAGGGCGGGCGAGGGUCAUUGGAUCCACCACCGCAGAAAAGUCCGGAAUCUCGGAGGGCGAGCUUGUCUACCAUACCACAGGGCGCACAAGAGACCAUGCCUCCACCGGCCAUGAACAUAUCGCUGGUACCGCCUGCAGUUCCUCAGACUCCGGCAGCGGUACCAGAGCUUACUGGACAGCAAUAAAUUAGGAUAGCU